UCUGACUAGCUGUAUCCAUCCCUUCUAGCCAAAAUGGUGCGAACUAUUCUGUCGACAGUCCAUAACUUCCUGUUAAGAGAAAAGCAAAAGAGGAAGCAGUAAUGGCGACAACAGAAGGAUCCGAGCCUCCUCGGACCCGAAGAAAUAGUAAUAAAAACAUCCUUACAAGGAUCAGACAUGGACAAAGCACUGGCCGGGCAAUUAGUCGAGGCACAGAGAUAUCUGAGGCCCUACUCCAGGAGAGAGACCAGCAGGCCCAGUGGCAUGGGAUUCCAGUGCUGCUGCAGAGACUUUAUGACAGCAGUCACCUCAACAGUGACCUCUCCCAGAUCCACUCCAUUAUCAAGGAAGUGUCAUCUUUUCUCUCCAUGGAGGCUAUGUCAUUUGUAACAGAGGACAGGAGAACAGCACAGGAGUCCACCUAUCCCAACAUAUACACCUUUGACCUCUUUGGAGGCGUUGAUUUGCUAGUGGAGAUUCUGAUGAGACCCACCCUCACCACACAGAUGAAUGUCCCUAAAAUGAGUGAUGACCUUGUCAAGGAUUGUUUAAGUGUUCUGUACAAUUGUUGUAUAUGUAUGGAAGGAGUCACUAAAAGUCUGGCAUCACGAGAUGACUUUGUCAUGUAUUUGUUUACACUGAUGUCAAACAAGAAAACAUUUUUGCAAACAGCCACAUUGAUUGAGGACAUUCUUGGGGUCAGUAAGGAGAUGAUCCAGCUGGAGGACAUCCCCAACCUGCCAAGUCUGGUUCAGAGCUUCAACCAGCAGCAGCUGGCCAACUUCUGCCGCAUCCUGUCAGUCACCAUCUCUGAGCCAGACAUGGGCAACGAUGACAAGCACACGCUGCUGGCCAAGAACGCCCAGCAGAGGGCCAACCCCUGCCCGUCCCACUCUGAAGUCAACCAGGUGGCCCUGCUGAACAUCCCAGGCUUCAUUGAGCGGCUGUGUAAGCUGGCCACCAGGAAGGUGUCAGAGGCCUCGGGGGCAUCCAGCCUGCUGCUGGAGCUUCAGGACUGGUACACCUGGCUGGACAACGCCCUGGUGCUGGAUGCGCUCAUGCAGAUGGCCACAGAGGACGCCGAGCAGAGUAGCACAGAGUCCUCAGACGAGAGUUCUCUGGCCACCAGCCCUCUCAGACACCGUCUGCCCCAGUCCAUGAAUAUUGUCCAUGAGAUCAUGUACAAGGUGGAGGUGCUCUAUGUGCUCUGUGCGCUACUCAUAGGCCACCAGAGGAACCAGGUUCACAAAAUGCUGGCAGAGUUCAAACUGAUUCCAGGACUUAACAACCUGUUUGACAAGCUGAUCUGGAGAAAGCAAACAUCUUCGAAUGUCCUCCAUGGCCAGAACCAAAACUGUGGCUGCAGCCCGGAGAUCGCCUUUAAAAUCCAGUUCCUACGAUUACUCCAGAGCUUCAGCGACCAUCAUGAGAACAAGUAUCUCCUCCUGAACGCUCAGGAGCUGAAUGAACUGAGUGCCAUCUCUCUGAAAGCCAGCAUCCCUGAGGUGGAUGCUCUUGUCAACACGGACCGAAAUCUAAUCUGUGAUGGUAAAAAGGGCCUCCUGACACGGCUACUUUCAGUCAUGAAGAAAGAACCGGUUGAAUCCUCAUUUAGGUUCUGGCAGGCGAGGGCGGUAGAGAGCUUCCUGAGAGGGGCCACCUCCUAUGCUGACCAGAUGUUCCUGCUCAAGAGAGGCCUGCUGGAGCACAUUCUGUUCAGCAUCAUAGACAGUGGCUGUAAGUCUAGGGACGUGCUGCAGAGCUACUUUGACCUGCUGGGGGAACUCAUGAAGUUCAACAUCGACGCCUUCAAGAGGUUCAACAAAUAUGUCAACACAGAGGAGAAGUUCCAGACUUUUAUGACCCAGAUCAACAGCUCUCUGGUGGACUCCAACAUGCUGGUGCGCUGUAUCAUCCUCUCCCUGGACCGCUUUGAGAGCCAGAUUGAGGAUGUGAGCGUUGUGGAGGUACUGUCAGAGUGCAGUCUGUUGUCCUACAUGGCCCGCGUGGAAAACCGACUGACCUUCCUCUUCAGGCUCGUUAACAUCAUCAAUGUGCAGACACUCACACAGGAGAAUGUGAGCUGUCUGAACACCAGCCUGGUGGUGUUGAUGCUGGCCAGGAGGCGGGACAAGCUGCCUUACUGUCUCAACGCCCUGAGAGAGAAGGAGUACGCUGAGAAAUACCCCGGCUGCCUGCUCAACAACUUCCACAACCUGCUGCGCUUCUGGCAGCGCCACUACCUCAACAAGGACAAGGAUAGCACCUGUCUGGAGAACAGUUCCUGUAUAUCCUUUACCUACUGGAAGGAGACUGUGUCGGUUCUGUUGGACUCAGACCCAACUUCACUAUGUGCCAUAGCCAGCUACAUCGAUGAGGCCUACAUGGAUCUGGGCAGAGACUUUCUGGAAGUUUAAUACCUGGGAUGCUGCCUCUGGAAAGAUGGAUGGAUGGAUGGAUGGAUGGAUGGAUAAGAAAGAGAGGAGGAGAGGCAACGUCUCCAAUCACUUACAAACUGAACAGAUCCGAGCUCUCACCCCUCCACAUAGCUGUUAUUCAGGGAUCCUUAGCUCUACAGAAUGACUGUGUGCAUAGUUUUGGGCGUGUGUGUUUGUUUGUGUGUGUGGAUAUGCUUUAGUGGGUAUGUGAGUGUUAGGUGUAGGAGUGGAUGCUUGUGUCAUAUGUGUGUGGAGCUGUGUUGGGGUGUAUCACAUGCCAGACUUGGGAGUUUCCAUUCUAUUGUAUCUGUGGAGGGGAAACAGUCAGCCAAUCAGCAGCCCCAGAGGACUGAGGUUCCUUCAGCCUUUCACUAACAGUAUGGAUAGGAUCUCUCCUACCCUCUGGUAAACAAAAAUACAUUCCCACUUCAUAGUGUCGCCAAAAUGUACAUGGUCAUUACAUUGGCAGUUGGUGCAUAUCGUACAGAGUACUUACAUACCUGUUUGUGUAAUAGUUCUACAGUAAGGAAAGGUUUUAACAAUCAAUUUGAGUUUGUUUGCAGAUGUAAUUCAUGUAAUUACAGUUUGAUGUGCAGUCACACAAACACGAUAUGUAAGUACACCAACUGGAAAAAAUACAUUACUCUACCGGUAUGUCAAUAUGUUUUAGGGACAUUGAGGCCUAGAUUCAAUCAGAUCAAGUGUUAACCGGUGAUAGCCGACACCAGAAUAGCUGAUGUUGUGUCGGAGGUGUAACUGCGUUGCAGCUGUCAAAUCUGUGAGCAGCUGCUCUUGUGAUCAUUGUCACGAAGCCACAACGUCCCACUCACUUUAAUGUUCAGAACGAGAAAGUGUAGGCUAUAUAGAAAUAAUGACGUUCAAAUUGAAAAUCAUUCAACAAAAUUAGGAUUUCUAUCAGCCUAAUUGAGGUGUCCAGUGCUCAAACUUGCAAACAAGUCUGCAUGGGAUUUCUCUUAAUGCGACUCCAUGCAGCCAAUGGCAAUGUCUGCUUUAGGUAUAAUGCUGGGAGCUGCUUGUGGAUUUGACAGCUCUAACGCAGUUCCACUGACCAAAAAAACAACCACUCUGCGGAUCCGAUUGAAUAGAGCCCUUAAUAGAAGUGAGACCAAAACAUCAGUAUUUCAGGGACAAGCAAUAGUUUUAUUUUAUUGGUCUAGAAAGAGGCUUGAUUUAAAGAAAUACAUCAUAACAUGAUCCGUGUAAAUGACAAAGGAUUUAGGACGAGGUGGACACAAGGCUCUGGACUCACCAGAAGAAUGAAUUUGUUUCAGGUCCAACACACACAGGAGUCCUGACUGCCAUCCUUAGUAAUGUUAGGAAAGGUGUUUCACUUAUGGCAUGAGAGGCUCCUACAUGUUGUGUGCCCAUUUUCAGAAUCAGUGUGCAUCUGUAUGUGACACUGGGCCUACAGGUUUCUUUCUGCAUAGAAAAGUAUUUGGCAGACCAAACCGUAUAAAUGUUUUUACAUUUGGGAUGGUGAAAUGUUUUCAGUGUAAACUUAAAACAAUUAAAACCAGAAAGUAUGUAGAAAAGAUAAUGGACCUAUAUCUUUAAUAAGAUCUUUGAGAACUAACAAUCACAAAAAUAUAAAUUAAAACUAAAAUUCCAAAAAUGAUGCGUUCAGAAGUAUUUUUGUCAUGACAUAGGACCCCCACUAGCUUUAAAACGGCAACAUUGUUUCUCUGGGCAAGAGGGCCUCAGAAAUUUCUGGUCGGCGGCCGCGCCAUUGACCACGCCCACUGCCACGACCUAAGCCCAUUUUGAUCCAGAAAAAACCCUGGCCUAUGUCUGAGCCCUUCUCAGAGUGGGUUUGUGUUCAUCUAAUACCCUCUGUAAUUUCACUUUGUAAAGCGAAUGAGAAAAAUAACAGAACCACUUUGAAUCUG